AUGCUUCCAACUCAACAACCAGGCGUCAGUGUAUCAAGCGCUCCUGCAUUAUCACCUAAUAAAUCAAUUAAACAACGACAACGCCAGAGGACUCUUAAUGAACAAUUGGACCUUUUAGACAGACAAUUUUGUGUGGAAGUUGAUGUUCAGAUGGCAAAUAGAAUGGAUUCUAUUUCUGUUAGCACGCCGUCUUCGAAAGACUUUUAUAAGCAAAAAGGUGUUAACAAGAUGUUUUCUAAAUCGCUUGAUGGUGUUUUUCAGCCUGAUGACCUUUCACAAUCGCCAUACAGCCCACCGACUAAGACUUCUCGUAUUCAAAAUUUCUUUCGUUAUUAUUCGCCUAAUCCAGUUACUCAACAUCAGGCUUUACACAAGGGCCAUUAUGGAGGUAAACACUCUCCUUUUGAUUUUUCCACUUCAGCACGUCCAUCAAUGACAAAUGUUAUGCAUGCCCAGCAGUCUAAAUCAAUAAGUGAUUUUGGACCUAGUUCUUUUGGAUCAAGAAUUGUGUUGAUUCCUCCAACAACUGAAAAUGCUGCUGGAUGUAAGACUGCUCUUUUGAUUAAAAACGAGGUAUUCUUUAAAUAA